GCAGCCAUUUUAAUUCAUAUCUGAGUGGGCGGUGGCGGUUCUUGUUGGCGGUCUGGCUCCGCAGGGCAGGGGGCAAUUUUAGUUGUUUGGGGGUGGUUUUUAGUUUAAUUUUUCUUUUGUAGCUUGGCAUCGCGGGCCAGUUCGCACGUUCUAGUCGUCUGAGGCCAUGUCAGGAGACGGAGCCACGGAGCAGGCAGCUGAGUAUGUCCCAGAGAAAGUGAAGAAAGCCGAAAAGAAAUUAGAAGAGAAUCCCUAUGACCUUGACGCUUGGAGCAUUCUCAUUCGAGAGGCACAGAAUCAACCUAUAGACAAAGCACGGAAGACUUAUGAACGCCUUGUUGCCCAGUUCCCCAGUUCUGGCAGAUUCUGGAAACUGUACAUUGAAGCAGAGAUUAAAGCUAAAAAUUAUGACAAGGUCGAAAAGCUAUUUCAGAGAUGCCUUAUGAAGGUUUUGCACAUUGACUUAUGGAAGUGUUAUCUUUCAUAUGUCCGAGAAACCAAGGGUAAACUACCAAGUUACAAAGAAAAAAUGGCUCAAGCAUAUGACUUUGCACUGGAUAAAAUUGGAAUGGAAAUUAUGUCUUAUCAGAUUUGGGUGGACUACAUCAAUUUCUUAAAAGGCGUGGAAGCUGUUGGAUCUUAUGCAGAAAAUCAGAGAAUAACAGCUGUUCGAAGAGUUUAUCAACGAGGUUGUGUUAAUCCCAUGAUCAACAUUGAACAACUGUGGAGAGACUAUAACAAGUAUGAAGAGGGUAUCAAUAUUCAUUUAGCUAAAAAAAUGAUUGAAGAUCGGAGUAGGGAUUACAUGAAUGCUAGGCGGGUAGCAAAGGAAUAUGAGACAGUAAUGAAAGGUUUGGACCGCAAUGCUCCCUCAGUGCCUCCUCAGAAUACUCCUCAAGAAGCUCAGCAGGUAGAUAUGUGGAAGAAAUACAUACAGUGGGAAAAGAGCAACCCUCUUCGUACAGAAGAUCAGACUCUUAUAACUAAAAGAGUUAUGUUUGCUUAUGAACAGUGCCUGCUUGUGCUGGGCCAUCACCCUGAUAUUUGGUAUGAAGCUGCCCAGUAUCUUGAGCAGUCAAGUAAACUGUUAGCAGAGAAAGGGGAUAUGAAUAAUGCCAAAUUAUUUAGUGAUGAAGCUGCUAAUAUAUAUGAAAGAGCCAUAAGCACUUUAUUAAAGAAGAAUAUGCUUCUUUAUUUUGCAUAUGCAGAUUAUGAAGAGAGUCGCAUGAAGUAUGAGAAAGUUCACAGUAUAUAUAACAGACUUCUGGCAAUUGAGGAUAUUGACCCCACCUUGGUAUAUAUCCAAUAUAUGAAAUUUGCAAGAAGAGCAGAAGGUAUUAAAUCUGGAAGAAUGAUAUUUAAAAAAGCAAGAGAAGAUACCAGAACCCGCCACCAUGUCUAUGUUACUGCAGCACUCAUGGAGUAUUAUUGUAGUAAGGACAAAUCUGUUGCCUUUAAGAUUUUUGAACUGGGGCUAAAGAAAUAUGGAGACAUUCCAGAAUAUGUCCUGGCCUAUAUUGACUAUCUUUCUCACCUCAAUGAGGACAAUAAUACUCGAGUUUUGUUUGAACGAGUUUUAACAUCUGGAAGUCUUCCACCUGAGAAAUCUGGAGAAAUCUGGGCCCGAUUUUUAGCUUUUGAAAGUAAUAUUGGUGAUCUAGCUAGUAUACUCAAAGUGGAGAAAAGACGGUUUACAGCAUUCAAAGAAGAGUAUGAAGGCAAAGAAACAGCUUUACUAGUAGAUAGAUACAAGUUCAUGGAUUUAUAUCCUUGCUCUGCAAGUGAACUAAAAGCGCUUGGGUAUAAGGAUGUCUCCCGUGCUAAGCUAGCAGCUAUAAUUCCAGACCCAGUUGUAGCUCCUUCUAUAGUGCCUGUUCUGAAAGAUGAAGUGGAUAGAAAACCAGAAUACCCUAAACCAGACACUCAGCAGAUGAUUCCAUUUCAGCCACGACAUUUAGCACCUCCGGGCUUACACCCUGUCCCCGGUGGAGUGUUCCCAGUACCACCUGCAGCAGUUGUUUUAAUGAAACUUCUCCCUCCUCCUAUUUGUUUCCAGGGUCCUUUUGUACAAGUGGAUGAACUAAUGGAAAUUUUCCGAAGAUGCAAGAUACCAAAUACAGUUGAAGAAGCUGUGAGGAUCAUAACUGGAGGAGCCCCAGAGCUAGCUGUAGAAGGCAAUGGCCCGGUGGAAAGUAAUGCAGUACUCACCAAGGCUGUCAAAAGGCCCAACGAAGAUUCAGACGAAGAUGAGGAAAAGGGAGCUGUCGUUCCCCCUGUUCAUGACAUUUACAGAGCGAGGCAGCAGAAGCGAAUUCGGUGAAGCAGGCACAGAACCUGCCUCUGAAAGAAAACUCCUAUCCAGGAUUCCUUUUGCCUCUUAAGUCAUAUGUUUAAAAGAGACAAUGCUUUGUUACAAAGUUCUUGGAAACAAAGUUGUAUUGUCAUUGGUGCCUCUAUUCAUAUGCUUCUUGAGAAAAACCAACCAACCUAUGUGAAUUUUAGGAUUUGGAACAGACCUAUGCUCUAAGAAAAAUUAGGUUUUCAAAAAUGUGAGAAGAGUACAAAGUGGCAGAACCACAUUUUGUUCCCGCUUCAAGGGUGUCUUGUAUGUACCACUUGAAGACUUGUGGGUUUUCAACAGUUUUAUUUUAAAAACUGGAUGGCUUAUGAUUGUAAAGCAUUUUAUCACAUUUUCUGAAAACAACAGCUGUUCUUGGUUUGCUUAUGUAGAGUCCUGCCUUAUUGUUUGUUUUAUUUAUGGCAGAAUGUACGGAAUCGGUUUUGUAGUUUAAAAUUUUAAAAAACAAUCCUUUAAAAAAUAAAAGGAUCUCAAAAA